AUGGGCGAGGAUAGCGCUCCGCCUGCUGUUACGAGGUUGGAUAUAGUUUAAUUCCGUUUCAAACCGUCGACGGGCAUCUACCAUUGUUCGCUAAUGCGUGCCGAGGGAAAACUAAUACGUACUGUAAUGCACAUAUAUCAUAGCAAUCACUGUGCGACUGCCUGACGGAGCUCUAGACUAGACCCGAGUGUACAACGGAACAAAUAAGCCCCGUAACUUGGUGGGCGAACGCAUUUCCACCAUAAUUGAUGUAUCCGAUCUCAACCCCAAGGCAACGACCCGUGACACAAUGGCAGAGACGUUUAGGAAAAAGAGGGGUCUCGUCCCUGAUAGUAUUUAGUCGCCCAGGGCUAGACACUUGCUAGCCCGUUUGACUUGCGGGCUAGUGCAGGGCUGCCAACCGAACUGGCUAACAGUGCUCGAUCUGUGCGAGGAAGGGAGCUUUUCUACUGCGCCCCCUCCUUGAUGCUCACCCGAGUGCAUUUUGAACGUCACGCCUGGGGGUCCCUUUGCGCGUACGCUCGCAUGCAAGGUGCAUGCACACACUUUGUCCGGAAUUUAGGCCCCUGUCUGGCGACUUAAAUCGCCUCAAGCUAAAACACCCUCAACUCGCCCGAGAAGGCGCGUCAACCUACUGUCCCCGUGUGGGCAAUGUCCGCUAGGAUUGCUGAAGAAAUCCAAUCGAUCGCAACACUAUCCUGCGACCGGGCUAGCCCUGGACAAGUAGAAUACUAUCAGGGGUGACUUAGUUUUUCUUGCCUCGUAUCUUUGUCGGCGUUUCUGGCUUUGGGAGUAGAGAAUAUUCUUUAGUUCUAAGGCGGUUGCGUUAAUUGGCGGAAAAAGAUUUCCACUGCAUUUUCUAUUUUAAUUGACUGAAAGUGCUACACAUUUCGUCCUUCGGUGGUCAUGUUGGUGUUGCCUCUUGCCUGAUUGUACCAGCGAAUUGUUGAGCGUAUAUUACCGGGUUCCAAACUCUUGUUUAGAUAGUAGAGCAUUGCGAAAUAGCGCUCCAAAGUAUCCCCUUUUCAAAUACCCGGACCAUUAGCGGUCCGUUUUUGUAAACAUAUUUUCCUCUUCGUCCCUGUCUUUUGAUCUCGCGAAAUUUGACAGAAUGAAACCUAUUUUAUGGGUUUUUAGUGCAGUAUUUUCUGUCACCGUAAUUUGUAGAAAAGUGUAUUUGCGGUACUGAGUCAACUCGUUAUCGUUUCUGGCUCAAAUAAUGCACAGACUAAUCUUCGUACAAGGCCUAAAACCAAUCAAAUAUGACAAGGACUUUAAUAAGGGUGGUACUUUUAGUUAUAUUUGGGGAGAUGUUAGUAUUCCGUUAUGUCUGAACGAGAGGCUUCCAUACCUGACCCUGGUGGCGUGCAUCGAUCGACUACGAAACUUGCUGUAAAAGCCUUCUAGCAGGAAAACGUAUGCUUGCCAAUUAAGAAACGCUAUAAGUAAAGAGGGGAAACAAGAGUGAUUGUGUCUUGUUCGCCAUCAUCAACAGACGAUACUUCAGCUCUAGGCCCUGACUUACUCGAGAUUUAAAUCCAGACCAGCCAGCCAUCGGGUAUUUCAGUCUACUUCUUUCCUAAAACCCAUAUUUAGUGCAAUUCCUUGACUUUAUAAAAUUUUGUGCUUCAUUUAGUUCCCAUUUUCACUCAGAAGCAUUUCAUGAAUGCAAACUUCACAGUGAGAAGUACGCAUCACGCAUAGCAUGAAAUUGGUCGUACACGUGUGUGCGCAUGGCCCGAUAUAGCUCUUCAAGCUUUAUUAGAUUUGCACUUUCACCGACUAUCCCAAACGUCUUUUUUUUUCCUAUAGUAAUGGGGAUAAGCCAGAGGAUGUGCCAGGUCCUCUGCUCUACCCACAUGACACUAUUUACGGCGAGGCCGGCUACCUAAAUCUUGUGCGUCGCGUGUUGAAAGAAGGCGUCCUGCGGGAGGACAGGACCGGUACUGGCACGUGGUCCAUCUUCGGACCUCAGAUGCGCUUCGAUCUUCGCUCCGGUGACUUCCCGCUCCUCACAACUAAGCAGGUACAUGACUUUCUCAGGCCAGCGUUAACUUUCCAUCUGUACAUUAGUCAUUGUUGAUCUAACUUGGAAUUUGAUACUUUCAGGUCGUCACAACGGUCUGCGCUGCCGCAUUAGGCCCCAAAUUUGACCACACAAGUGUGCGACAUGCGUUAGAUGAAGGCUUUAUACCACAUCAGUCAUUGUGUUUAGUCUUACCUCUGGUCGACCUCACUCGAACUUGGCACUGACACAUAAUGGAAGAGGGAGGAAUAUGAGACCGACCUAGCGCCCUUCUUAAUUGCCGUACUACGACCCACGUCCAAAAAGUCGUGAAUUGGCACGUUACCUACCUACAAAUUGGCUUGAUCCUCCGCCUGAACCGGAGUCAGACUGCAGUGGUUCCCUCUUAGUGUGAUAUUUUUAAGUACUCUUACUGAAGACGAACGCAGGCCUUUGAAGUAUAACUCGUGGAGGGGCCAGAACGCGCGUGGCAUUCUUAGCCAGGGCUCGCCGUAUCAGUGAAGCACCUGUACGUCUCUCCAGCCGUCAUGACAUAAUCUUCCCAUUGGAACGGAUGGUCAUAGGAAGAGAUAUUCACGUGAACGCUACACAAGCCAGUCCGCUGUCCCGGCCCAAAACCUGAUGGAAACUUAUAUCUGGCCGAAAGUAGCAGCAGUUGUGUAUCUCGGGGAAGGAGACACGACCGCUGGGACAAGAGUUCUACUAAAUUACGUUUCGGAUUUUCUCUCGAGUCCAUCAUCAGAUACAUAGUCAGAUAAUGUUAGUGGAUUGCACAGGUGUUGCAACACAUAUGAGACGUUGCUAGGCCGCGCCAGCCGUCGUCCCUGUUUUCUUGGAGUUUAAGAUCGUGGUUAUUGUGUGGUGGGGACCGGGGGCUGUGGAGUGCCCACACUAACACCACACAUUCACCCACGCAUUGGCCUGGUCAGUGAACUUCGAAUCCAUCGCACAGAGACUGGCGAAUUGGUUUCCUUGUGUACCAGCAUACUUGACGCAAUCGCUCCAACUGCCCUCGUUGCCCUCGCGCAUUCAGCCACCGCAUGGGCCACUUCGGUCACAUUCUCAUUCAUGAAAACCCGCGAUAGAACACUGUUGGCUAUACCACACCAUCAAAUUUUCUCACCGACACCUACAACGCUCAUUAACACCACCUAUUAUCACAACACAAUCAUGUAAUUGGUACUUCUAACAUAAGUGGGGAGUGUGUUUCUCGGCACCUUUCAUGUGGCUCCUCUGCUAAAUGGGUGAUUCGAGCCUGAAACUUUCACGGUUUGCCAAGCGCCGUGGCCUGGAAGGUUUCCAACUAACGCUUCAACUCAGUUCACGCAAUUAACCUAGUUGUGUGUGUGUGUGUUAAUGUGUUGAGAGAAUGACUGGUGGACUGAGUCAAGUUGCAAUGGCUCCUUCUUAACAUGACCUCCGGCAAUGUCACGCAUUUGAGAUGCAUGUCGCUCAUCCCUUUUUGUGUAAAAUCCUGGUACUUGUGUUUGGGGGGCCAGACCAUGUUUGUCACGCGCAGCCAAGGCCACUUCCUAUGUCGGGCGCUGCACCCAUUCCCCGCACUAGACAACAAACCGGCUCAGACAGUGGACUGGUGACCGGGAGUAGGAAGAGAGCGUUAGGUUGUCGGUCUCAGCUCAUAUUCCUCUCAAUUAACAUCCUGACGCGCAUGAAGCUAUCACGGUGUGCUAAAAACGUGGCUUGAAAGGUUGUCGAUUGACGGGAUAACUUGGAUCUCGUAGUCGGCUGGGUGUGUGUUUGUGUGGAGCGGCCGACUGGUGGUCUGAGAAUCAGGCUGCAACAGCUCCCUCUUAAUGUGGCUUUUAUAGCACAUCCAUAUAGUGCGAUCCGAGUCAGGUGUGGCCGCACGCCUAGGGGCGGCUUCGAUCGCUGCAGCCACCUGCGCCCUCUCUCGUCUGCGGUCUUCGUGACAAUGUCUUGACACCCGGCCCAGGUGGGGGAGGAGGGAGUGCGGUAGAUGCUGUGAAAGUCUACUAUCACUAUAAAUGUAAUCACACGCAAGUCAUCCAUUUUCCUCUCACUGCUGUGGAAAACACGGUGGACUUCGUCGGUCUUGACGGUCGGACAUGAUUAUCACAAUUUGCAACUCCCAAUGGCAUCACGGUCCGACUGACCUGGUCUUGCGGUAUGCAGUUGCAACGGCGAUCGUGUCUCCCUCCACGCGACUACUCCCUGAAACUCGCCUCUCCGCAUGUAUUAGUUCUCUAUCACCGACAGAAGAAAAUAUGAGUGUCCUCGAACGUAAGUGAGACGGGAUCUAAGGAACUGGAAGUUUAUUGCUCUAACUCUUCUAUAGCCUCCGUCGUCGGAGGAUACAGCGACGUCCCACUUCGUAGAAUUUAAUGGGGUUUACGGCCGCACUGACUGCUUACCAAAGACCGUCCGCGCAGUUGUGCUCUCGCGUGAUACAUCGGCCGUAGUUGGUGAUCUGCGGUCGGGUGAGGAGGGGAUGACUACCACUGAAGUUCACUGCCACGCCGUUACCCGCGUGGCAUUGCUCCCGCGUCCCCAUACUACUCACCUUAACUUCAGCGGCUCCGUCGGUCGGGGUAUGCCCGCGAGACCUGGCACGCCUAAUGGGGGAAUUACGUAAGGAUUACUGGAUGUCGUGCUUGUAUGCCGGGUUUCCAGUGUCUCUCAGACUUUUCGUCAGUUAUUUCGAAACCCUCGAAGAUGGCCAUGUACGCAGUUGUAGCUGCACGGUAUCCUGUCACCAGCGACAAAGGGUCUAUCUUUCUCGCCGCCUCAGGAUGUUCUAUCAUGCGUAAUUACAUUUGUCUACCGGCGUCCCCGGUCAAGUCUAUUGCAAAAUUAGUGCUUGUAUACAGUCAUAUCAGAUCCACAGUCAGUGUCGAAUGGUCUGAUUAGAUCAUUAAAAUGGACAUUUUUGAAUCCUCAGUCCCUGGGGGCCACCCAGUUGCCGUUUACCCUCGUGCUUGUGGAAGUUGCUUAUAUUUGGUGUUGCCCUGUCCUCAUUUUUCAGACGUUCUUCCGUGGUAUUCUCGAGGAACUGCUCUGGUUUAUCCGAGGCUCAACUGACUCGAAAGAACUUGCUGAGAAAAAGGUCUUCUUCUGGGAUGCCAACGGAUCUCGUGCAUUCCUGGACCAGCUGGGAUUCGUUGAUCGAGAAGAAGGUGCCGGCACCAUGACAUUGCCAUUUUCCAUCUCCAUUUGAUGUCUUUACGCUACUCUCCCUGAUGUCCGGCAUCCCUUUCUUUUGCUGGGAUGUCUGUUUAUUCCUCAUAUGGCAGUACUCGUAGAGUGGGCAAUGCCAGAUGACACUGUUCCAUUCUCAACCAAGAACGCGCACGAUUGAUGCGCAUUCGCUACUGUUACUUCAUUGCUUCAGACGGUCGACUCCUGUACGGAUUCGAGGACUCGGACGAAUCCACUGUUUCUGCGAUCGCGUACUCAUCUUCGCGGUUGCCGACGUGUCUAAUCCUCAGUCGCUCAUCCACAUCGUCCUCCUUUUUGUGACCAUAUUGGCCGGAAAACUAGCCGAACUUGCAGGAUAGCAGAUUAUGUUUACUGGCGUCUUGCUCACAGAAAUCUGCCCCAGCAUGUAGCCAUCACGCGGGCCAGCUAAGAACCGUGACACGGGCCCCGCUGGAUUUUGCCGCUGCAUAACUCGGCUAAAGAUGGUCGUACUUGACCCAAAUACUUGUUAAAAAAUUGGAGCCGACAAGUCUGUUACCAAUUUCACUCAUUAAUUUAAAGCAUAAUACCGUGUGGUCGAAAAGCAUCGGCAUAUAAUUGCAGCCCAAUUACUAUCUGUUUUGAGCCAUUCACAACCGUUUUUUUUUAAAUAUAGAUUGACACCGUUCCACCAAAUAUAACGAAAUGUAUUUAGGUAGUUGAAGUAGGCAAGAACAGCAGGAUUUAUUGGCACCAAAAAAUUUCGCGACUGCUCUUCAGCUACGUACCGGGGACAAAAUGCUUCAAAUAUUUAGGUAGUCUCGGGGUGCUGCCCUAAAAAGGAGGGCGAGGAUCGCUCAUUCAUCAGGUGUUCAUGGUACAAACUGCUCACUAAACUUUUUAGUCGUCACCCGAGAUAGCUGGUUUCCACUCGACAGAGAGGGUGUUACACAGACUGACGAAGGACGGAAUAGUGCGACGUAUGGAACUUGCGCCCCAAGCCUGUUCGAUGGAAUUGUGACCUAGAGGUCGACGUGAUCGGAUACCAACUCCUUUCUUAAAUGUUUAGACAGACUUUGUCCGAUGCAGCGGAGUUUUGCUGAUCGGGGGGAGGUGAUAAAUCCUGACAUGCCCCUGCAACUAGGGCCAGACUACAAUGACCCUUUUCUUAAUGCGACCUCUGUGGCAGCCCGCACGCAUAUGGGCACAGAGUCCUUGUGCGACAACACGUUUAACGGCGACUUCUCGUCGCGUCAGUCUCAUCCUCAGUCCUCAUGACUCGGCCAGGCCAGGUAGAUGUAAGCCUACCCAGCCGGGGUCAAACGUUUAUUUCCUCAACUAAAACAGUCAAUCGCACUUUGAAGCCCCCACGGUUUGGAGGAGUUUCCAAGUGUUGGGGUACCUCGGCCCUUCUCUGGGACGGGGGUCAGACUGCAAUGGCACCAUAAUGUGGCCUUUAUGACACUCGCUUCUAUGAGAGCUGACCCCACUCAUUGGAGCCUGGUGCGUGUGGGGGCGGGACUGGGUGGACCGAUUAACCACUCUGCCCACAUCCAUCUCUUGUCGUCUUGCCACUAGAACACAGUGAAUGUGAGAGGUGGAGGUAAGCGGGGUGCCGCGCAAGUCCGCAUCAUCACAGACAAGUUUGCAAACAAGUCAGAACUACGCCCACCUCGUGGUGCAGCGGUUGAACUGGUCGUGUGAUAGUCUAACCACAGACUAACUCCAAUAAACCCUGCAAAUCCUUUUACUGACAUUAUCCGUCCAUUUAUGACUGUUAACCACAGUCCUUUCUUGGCAUGACUGUUUCACAUAUAGGUGACUUGGGUCCAGUCUACGGGUUCCAGUGGAGACACGCCGGUGCCGAAUACAUCGACUGCAAGCAUGACUACGCGGGGCAGGGCGUGGACCAACUCGCUGACGUUAUCAAGCGUAUCAAGGAGAGGCCGUGGGACCGCCGCCUCCUGAUCGUGGCAUGGAAUGCAAGAGGUCAGUUCUUGGUUUAUAUCCUUCACGCCCGUGUAUAUUAUUGUCUUCCAGGCGGACCGGCUUUUCCGGUGUCGUUGCACCAGCUUAUCGACCAGAUUAUCUCAUAGCAACCGCCUGUGGGAGGACCUUCUAGGCAGUCGUGUUGCACUGACGUAGUCGACACACUUCCCAUUUAUAUUUAAGACCAGGUGCUUAUCACAACAACACCGCUCAGAGUUGUGCCUUGUAAACCUUGUCUCUCAUCAUCAACGAAAUAUUUUCUCGUGACCCGCUUCUACUGAGGGGCCUGGGCCCAUUGUGAUGUUUGAUUGGUGGGACCACUAUCACUAGUUUUUUUCGGCACGAUACUUGAUACGUCCAAUAUCAUGACACACAUUUACGUGGAAACUGACCCACCUCAUUAACUGUUGCUCCUAAACCCCACUCUUUCCAACCGUUUUUUUUUGUACAACUAUUAAUCAAGGGCUGAAAGUUAUAUGCUGGUCGUAUUAACUAUUCGUGCUGCUUUUUUGACAGUUUGGCUGACUGAUGUGCCAAUGGGGAAACAUUAACUCGAAAACCAACUACACAGCAACCAAAACAUGCUCCACAGUGCGAAUGCUAAGUCCAUGUGGGAAAUUAGUGGGUGGCAUUGUGCUCCUAAACGGGCCACGUGGUAAAUGCGCUGGACCAGCACGGGGCUCUGAUCAGAGUCGGACAGGCGUUAUUGGGAAUUAUCACCAGACCUAACUGCGGGCCUUUGUUACACCAAUUGGGAUCCUAACCGUCCCUCCAUGUUUGUUGUUUAAAAUCCUGAUCAUGUGUUUGUUGUGGAUCAGGGCGUAUGGUGGUACGCCUAAGUGCGGGUUUGCGCCGCGCAAGUCAUCUGCGGCCGCCCACCUCCGGACUGCUCGACUCUGUUUUAACACCGGGUCCAAGUGGGAGAGGAGAGAGUGGUGCGGCAGAUGCUUCGCAAGUCUGCUGGCACUAUAAACUGAUUCACGCGCAAGUCACCGUCCUUGCACCCAUCCUGCUCUGGAGCACACGGUAGACAUCGUCGAAAUCAACGGUCGAACUGUCGGGUAGGCGGCACAGAACAACUUCACUGUGGCCUUUGAUAUACGUCAGAGGGUGUAGGGAUCGUUUUGCGGGAAACUGUCUACCUUGGUUUUCCGAGUGUAAAAAUCGGUGCAACGUUUUCUAACCUAAGGAAUUAGUUUUGGCUGCAGCAGUAUGCACUUAGGCGUCCGUAAGGCAUGGAAUAUCAAUUUUUCUGGAAAAACAGCCAUCCGGACAUUUCACACCUUAAUAAAACUAGCCGUAGUACUGCACAAGAAUAUGCGUUUAUGAUAUUAGAGUUGCGAAAAUUCCCAUAGCAGUAAUCAGAAGACGAGGUGGCGAGCAUACGUAGCUCCCAAUAAAUUCUCCUCGGGCCAGUACGGGGCAGAAGUAAAGCAUGUCAGCGAUAAGAGAUUUCGAUACAAGUUCUCCUUAAAACAGGCGGGGUGUGGGAAUGUGGGGGAGGGGGAGGGGGGGGGGUAAUAGUAGUCAUUGUCAGGGCCGGGGUGAGAGCGGAAGUGCGCGGGGGAGUUGCACCGCUAGUCGACCUUCGACCACUGUAGGCGCGGAGCCUGAACGUGGUUCUUCUGUGCGCACAAGAUUGGCUUUCACAACCUAAUGGCGGCUGCUUCCGCUGUCGCUAACAGGCGCUGGCCUAGUAGCUUAGGGUAGCUCGAUGGGACCUUAUAAAUCACACGAAAAGCUUCGUUGGGGUCCACACGAUGUCCGGAAUCGACAACAUGCGCGAGAAUGGCGCUGCUUAUGCUCCUCGUUUCGCCUUUUCCCAGCCAUGCCGCGAGGUGUUCCCGUAUUCUCUUGGAUAAGCGUCGACUCGUGCUUCCAAUAUAACUGCUCCACAGGAGCAAGUGAAGGAAUAUAUGCACAUUGAGGUGGUCUGCGGUGGCAACUUAUCCUUACUUUCUCCGCGUAAGAUAGGGUUAGUAGAGAAUGAUAUUUGAACCCAUGCUGCUGGGAAGGUUCGCGAGACAGCUUGAUCAAGGCGUCUCCUUAGGAGUUCACUCGCCGCGUCCCUUUGGAAAGGGACUUUGAGGAACAAAAUUUUCUUUUCAGCGGUCGGUGUGGCGGGUUUACCGGUCUUUCGGCAAUGUUCUUUGCAAUGAACCUGUCAGGAUACCCGUUUUCUCGAAGGAAGUCCUGGAUGCUUCUGAGCUCCUCCUCGAUGUUGAGCAUUUUUUCCUAGCUCUUUGUGCCAAACAUCGGACUAGAUUUCGCUUUUGUUGGAGGGGUACGAAACUGGCGAAGUUCGUGUAUUGUCCAGACCAGGUUUUCUUCCGAUAUUGUUUCUCUCCGUUGUCGGCGUAGACUAAUGUAAGAUGUCUCAGACAGGGAUCCACAAAGACCUAAUUCACCACUAUACACAUGCAGUACAUUGAUCUAACGCAACAGCCAAACCCACUAAUGGGGCCAACUGUUGUUUUCGCAAUUAGUUCUGACUGAACGUGCAUUAAGACCUACACACGCUAUGGAGCUAUCUGCCGUCUACUUCCAUCGUGUUUGCCUGCCGGACUAGGCGGUUGUUGGGAUUUAGCUGUUGUACGCUGGGUACAACUUUGUGGCAUGUGAGUGGACUGUUCAUACACCAAAAUGCAUAAUCCCACCCGGGCACUUCAUCCUUCGACACAACCAGGUUUCAAGAAACCGCAUUGCAGAUUAACUUUUCCCGGCAGAAACUGCUCUCUUAUUUGUUAUUGUUAAGGCCCUUUACGGACUUACCAGCCUCUAAACUCCUGAUAGUCUGGAUAGAUAUAUCAGAUACUGAGCCAAGGAAGGACUCCAGUACUCAACGGCCCUUUUCUCGUCUCCAAACCUUGUAUCGGUGCUGUUGGGGGUAAGGGGUGAGGAGUGGAAGCUAACUUAGGUGACUGGUGUUUUUCUUUUUCCCUUGAUAAAACUACCAACAUCUAAGCGGUGCGUGUACACGGUUGGUAUUUUUGAAGCUCAUUUCGGGGGUGGAGAUUUGGCGUGCAGACGGUGCUCUUUGCAAAUGGUCACAGCACAGCCAGUUGCUUAAGUAGAAGUACUGCUUUGUGAGCUUUUCUCAAGAGCCUAUUUCAUCGCGUUCUCUCUCCUCUGCUUUUCUUUAGAUCUCCAUAAAAUGGUGCUUCCGCCAUGUCAUUGUCUCGUACAGUUCUAUGUUGCAAAUGGAGAGCUCUCCUGCAUGCUCUAUCAGAGGUCCGGAGACAUGGUGAGUUCUUUAUUUUUUCUGAGCGUCGAUUGGUCCUGCAGUUUCAUUUUCUUAAUACCUGGUGCCAUGCCUACUAAAACAGUUUCAGUAGGCAUGGUUACACUGUAUUGCCAUAUAUGAUGAUAGGGCAGUUGGACCAUCUGGAAUUUCUCGCUGCUUUGGUGUACAGGGUCAAGGUAUUGAGCGUUUGGCGUAAUUUGCUGGGAUCGUCGAUUAGUCGGUCGUUUACUGAUGUUCCGCUCAGUUUUCACAUCCUAUGUUAUCUAACUAUAGCUGAAUAGGGAGGAUUUACACCAACGUGAACUUGUGCCGACGUUUGCCUUGACUAAACUAGCCGACUCAUCGCAUCAUGAAUGGUCGCCCUUCUAUUGUUGCCUAUUCGACACAAAUAGGGCUAGGUGGCACGCCAACCGCUCAAACCUUUUGCCGCUUUCACUUCAAUCUUCAGUUAGCCACCCUCACGCGUCACCAGCCACGGUCGGAUUCAGGCGCGAUGACAUCCUGGAAGAUUUCGCCUUCAGGUCGUCGCAGAACACGGCCAAACCAUUUCUGUUGGCGGGCAAGGAGACCGCAGUUGAGGAAUUGUGCUCCUAACCAACUAGCGAGACAGACUGGAAGUAUGUGGAACAAAUACAAGCAAUUGAAUACUCCCAGGCAAUGGAUACCCUCUGGCAGUGAACUCUUCUACGACCCACUUCCAUGUAGAGAGAUAAAUUUAAGGAGAAACUCAUAUACUCACAUCUUAGCAUUCUGACCUUACGUUGAUUUCAGAGGUCUCGAUAUAGUCAGAUGAAAGCGGAUCCAUGCACAACAAGAAAUCGGAACUGAGUUAAUGAGCAUCUGAUUCAGAGUCUCUCGUAUGUGAGAACCAACAACAAAAAGUAAACUACCCGCGCACCUUUUCUGAUUAGUAAUGUGUUUUGCUUUCCUUCCUUCCCAGGGUCUGGGUGUGCCCUUCAAUAUUGCAAGCUACGCACUCCUAAUGUUGAUGAUAGCGCAUAUUACGGGACUGAAGCCAGGCGAGUUUGUUCAUACGAUUGGCGACUGUCAUGUGUACACCAAUCACAAAGAGGCCUUGGAGGAACAAGUGAGUACCACCACCAUAGUUAUCCCUCUUUACCUCACCGUCAUCUAACUCAUUUUCCUCCGUGAAGCAAACCCCCUUGUGCGUAUCUGUUGCUCAGUUCGCUUGUCCUGCAUAAUACGCAUUCUUCGAUGAGCGCUCUUCCUCUCUGGCAAGCAUCCAUCUAUGCACUUCGGAACGCUGCGUACGGUGUAUUUUACGUACCUUCUCAGCUUUAUUGCUGAUAAUCUCUCUGAAAACACAACCAUAAUUUCUUUUGGCGACUAAGUGAACAUACGCAGUCAUUCAGUAAUUUCUGAUCGAACCAAUGCAUUAACAAGUUGACAGGGGUUGGGCAGACUGGGAUGGCUAUUUCUGGCUUAUUUGCGGCCCUUAACUAGCAAGGCCCCAGGCCUGGGCCGACCCGGUCCCUUUAACUGUGAUUAGAACUAUUCAAAGCCACACGGUAGUGGAGGUCACCCGUCUGUCCUGAUUGAAGUCGGAAAUGGUCACUUAGUUUGCCCUAUCCGUUGAUAUUUCUCGAUUAUUGACUGAACGUGUCUACGCGACCGUCCGCAUGCAUUUACACCCGACUCACGAUUAGGACAGAUCGAUGAGCGCCACAACUGUGCAACGGCAUAUUUGUUGCAACUGGGCUCUGAUUACGGUUGCAUUCCUGUAAGGGAACAGCAAAGGACAGCCCAGAACAUGACGCAUCAUUCUUGUCGUUCGGCGGUCACGCCUGACAAAGAACUGCAAACCCGCUGUCCAGUCCAGCCUAGCAAACCCGCUCGGGAGUCAGCAGUUUGCGCGCCGCCGAGUUCUGCGCCACCUUCAGGGCCGCCAGAGCUGGACCGGUAGGAACACGCAAAUCAGACAAGGGCAGAAGCUUAAAAUACAAAGCCACGGACAGAGGGGUCUGGGAGUUGAUAUGCACACAGUGACUGUCGCAGUAGAGCUGUUCUCCGCCCUCCUGUCCGUCUUUUAUUCCACAUAGAACUGGCGUCCUACCACUGGAACAUGCAACUAAAUGAACGUAGAGUAUGUGGGCUAACUCAUGAAAUGUCAACCGAAAUUCCGAAAUGAGUUUUCGUUUUGAAAAGAUUGACUAAGUAGGGUUGUAAAACUAGUCAGCCGGCAACAUAAUUCUAUAAUAUUUCAGUUGCUUCAGGAUGCCGGCUUUCGAGUGAACUUCCUUCCGGCCGCAUGCAAAAGCAUUAUUCUGUAUAAAAUGACUACUUACGGAGCAGGAAUUUAUCUCAUUGAUUUUAGAUGUCCCUAAAAGUCCAAUUAUAGUUCAUGGAAAAAAUGCAUAAAAAUAUUCAUUCUUUUGCUCAUUCGGUAGAUAAUUACGUUUUCUUCUAAUUUUAUAUUCGAAGGAGGGACAUAAUUCGGGAAUGUUAAAUACCGUGAUAUGGCCGUUCAUGAAUCGUCAUAUCUCAGGAUGUCCGCUUUCUAACGAACUUCUUUUUGGCUGCGUUCAAAAACUACACUCUGUAAAAAAUGACUACUUAAGUAGCGUGAAUUUUUCUCAUUGAUUUGCGAUGCCCCUAAAAGUUCAGUUAUAUUUUAUGGAAAGCAUGCAUAAAAAUAUUCAUUUUUUCUCAUUCGGUAGAAAAUUACGUCUUCUUCCAAUUUUAUACUCGAAGGAGUGGUAUGAUUCGGUUUUCAAAAACUUUUCCAAUUCCCGAAUAAUUUUGAACCCGCUCUGCCGUCACGCCUGCAUUCAGGGUUUCCAAACUACAAGACAUGUAUUUUCGGCGCACGGGAAACCACACAUUUCUCUACGGUAUUAAGAGGAGACUACAUGGGGUUCAUAAAAUUAAGCAGAGGAGUUGAGCAAUAUUGUUAACUUUACAAGCCACAUUGGUAAAUGCAGAUACAUGACGUUUUAUGAACGUCCAUUUCAUGGUCUUCAAAAAAUCUCACAAUUAGAAACUUUUCUGAAACCAAAUUAUACUCCUCCUCCGCUUAUGAUACUAAAAAAAGAAGUAAUUUUCUGCCGAAUAAAUUAAAGAAUGAAUAUUUUUAUGCAUUUUCAUGAAAUAUAAUGGAACUUUUAAGAACAUAGAAAAUCAAUGAGAAAAUUGCAUGCUACUUAAGUAGUAAUUUUUUGAAGAGUAUAGAUCUUACAUGCAGUCGGAAAUAAGUUUGUUCGAAAGGAGGCAUCCUGAGGUAACUGGAUCAUUAUAGAAUUAUGCCGCAUGGUGAUUAUUUUUACAACCGUACUUAGUUAAUUUUCUCGAAACGAGAACGCAUUUCGAAAUUUCAGCCAACAUUUCAUGAGUUAGCCCACAUACUGCACAUAGACAACUAUUUCUAUCACCAUUCAAGGCUUUCUGGGCACGCUUAAUCACGCACACACACGUCUCACUAUACAUCGUCACUCGGGACUUUCAAUCAUGUCCUUACUCCUAUCGACUACUACCAUGCAGAGGGCAGCAAACCUAGGCAGUGUCCGCUGGGCAGAUUUUAAUUACUUGAGCCCGCAAAUGCCAUAAACGCCGUCAUUUUCGUAUUCUGUCAAAACAGCUCACGCAAAAUUAUGUCUGCUUAAGCACCCGUUGCAUUAUGCAAGAAAAUGAUCCGAGGUAGUGUAAAACCACUAGAAGUUGGCGUCAGUCUAGGUGUAUUUUCCGUAGUCUUGUAUGUAUCCAAUACACCUAUCAACUUGAAGUCGGCAACACGCUGGCGCGCAGGGGAUGGAAUAUGACAAAUAAAAGAUGUCAGUAUGUUUAUGCCGCAGCCGCCGCCUCCUCCUUCUUCCACUUCUCGUCCGCCUCCUCCUUCCUCCUCGCUCUAAUCGGGUAAAUUGCACUGUUGGUCUCCCCUCAGCUGCCGCGCUGACCCCGCGGAGUAGGGUGUGGUGGUACGCUUAGGUGCGGGUCCGGCCGUGCCAGCCACCUGCGUCCUCUCCCGCCCCCAGUUUUCUUGACUAUGUUUUGACACCGGGUCCAGGUGGGGCAGGAGAGAGCGCGGUAGAUGCUUCGAAAGUCUACUACCACUAUAAACUUAUUCACGUACAACUCACCCUGCUUUGGAGAACAAGGUGGACAUUGUUGGUCACGACGUCGAACUGUUUUCGGGGUGAGCUGUGCCACUAUAAUUACCAUCACCCACGCACGCCUAUUACUUGCUUUUAUGUCAAUGUGAUGUGCUCAUGCUCAACAUCUUUUCUGCCUCACCAGUGGACUGUUUUUCGGAUCUUUUGGUCUAUGGGCGGAGCUGUUAGGCCAAGUUUCUUAUUUACGCUUCCUUCCCACUUUCAACUAUUUCCAUGUUUUCCUCCUGCUCAGUUGAAACGGGUUCCACGGCCCUUCCCCAGACUGGUCAUUAAAAGGCAGGUGACGGAUAUUGAUGACUUCAAGGCCGAGGACUUCGAGCUCGUUGGGUACAAACCCUACCCGAAAAUUCCAAUGAAGAUGGCCGUCUGA